AUGCAUCGCUGGAACAAGAACACCAUCCAAUCCAGUCAGAGUCAAGAAUCUUCUCGCCCCAUCGCCUUCGAAGCAUCGGCUCCUUCCAGCACCAACAGUCAUGAUUCAGCAUCUACGAGUGUCGAUCCUUUCCUCCUGGAUUUUGGCACAUCCAUCAACGUGACCGAGGACCUUCGCCGCGAAAUUCGCUCCGAGAUUCAAGAAAUUGUUGCCAAGCUUGCCAAGGGAACCCAAGCUCAUCAGCAGGAGCAACGCCUCCAAAAGCAGCUCCAACAAGAUCUUCACCAUACCUUUUGCGAAAUGCGCAAUCUAAGCCGAGGAGCCGCCGAUCGUUUGGAGGAUGCCCAAGUCCAUUCUAGCUUCUUGAACGGAUUGGAUACAACACUCAACACGGAUGUAGCCCGUCCCACAGGCGUGUUGCCCGAAUGUCGAAAGAGUCCCGUCAGUGUCCUAGAUACUUUGAAUGUUACUUCAUUGAAAGACCCACCUUCUCCUGAUGUCUCCGAAGGGCAGGAAAAGUCUGGUUCUUCCAAGACCAACCAAGAAGUCUUGAAGGAAAAAGAGGAAAUGCUCAAGCAACUAGUCCAAUCCAUUCAAGAACAGACAACACAAGGCGACAAACUCCGCAACCAAAAUCAAAAUUGGGUGAUGGAAAAGAAUCGGACUUUGGAACGCAUUCAAUCCGAAGGCUUGGUGGCCGUCCUCGAACAAACCCAGCAGAAGAACCAGCACGCUCACGUCGAUGUCCAGAAUGAAUCACAGCGUCGUGACCAGCUCGUGGCAAAGGUACAAUCGGUCCGAUCCCAAUGUGGAAACCAUGCCCAACAAUUGGCAGACAAGACCAAGGAGAUCAAAGCACUCAGAGCCGACAACGAAGUCAAACAAGUAGACAUGAAGUCGAAGGUGGCCAAUGCGGCUGAUUCUCUUUCGAAGCAAAAGGAAGAACUUGGAGCCACCAAGUCCUCUCAUGGACUAGUGAAGUCACGAAUGGAAGAGCUGAAACAGCAGGAAGCAUACUACAACGACUUCUGUCAAGCUCGCAAGACUCAUGAAGAAACUCUUAGAACAGAACAGGAAGAAAACGGGAAACUACUCCAGCUGCUCGAGACACUCACUGCCGAACAAGAAAAGGCCAAUCAAGAACUCGAGGAGUCCAAGGAGGCCUUGGGGAAUGCACAGCAGCUCCACGACAAGGUCUUCAAGAAGAAGGCGGAAAACGAUCGACUAGAAGAAACUGUGAUGAAGUCUGGAGAAGAAGAACGCUCUCGUUUGGCUCAAGAGAAGGAGCAACUUGCCACUCAAAUUGGAAAGCAUCACGCUGCACUGGUCCAAGCCCAAAACGAGCAGAAAGAAACCUUGGCCAACAAGAUGGAGACCAAGAAUGAAGUGUCCCUGAAGGUAGCCAGGUUGGAAUCCGAAUUGAAGGAGAAGCAAGAUGAAGUCAAAACUCGGGCUUCCGCAAGACAAAUCACCAAGGGCAUGUUGGAACAGGAACUUCAGACGAUGAUCGACAAGGAAGAGCAGAUUCGCUCUGAGCACAAGACCAAAAUGGAGACGCUCCAGGCUGCUCAUCAAGCCAGCCAAGUAGCUGCCAAACAAGCAUUGGAAGCAGCCAAAGAAAAGGCGAAGCUACAGAUGGCCAAGGAGAGACGCUUUUUGGAGACCAUUCAAAUUGGUGCUAAAAUCAUCGAAAAAGCCAACGAAAAAGAAGAGAAACUCAACGAUGACAUUGUCUUCAUUUAG